AUGCCCAGAGUUGCGAUCUCGCCAGCGCUCAGCACCGAUUCAGCGUUGAAUGAGACCGAUCCUGCGUUCUCGCCUCUCUCUAGCGCACCCUCUUCGCUCCCGCCACAGACGCCUCAGUUCGAUAUCGUACCGCAGUCCACGCCGCAUCAACGGUCCAUCCACGUCUAUGGUCAAGACAACGACGCUGGUACUGUUCUGCGGAAGGACAGUUAUAACAUCGAGCACUAUAGAGACAUAAAGCAGCUUCAUCCAGAUUGGCGUCAUGAUGAGAUCGAGGAAAUUGUUGUGAUUUCUCCAAGGCGACAUCAAGAUGACGGGUCUUCGUCUCAGAUACCUAAAAUUCAUGAUUACAUACUCCUCAACACUCUCGGACAAGGAGCAUCCGCAACAGUCUUCCUCGCUCAUUCUGUAUCUUCUGACUCGCCUGGCAUGCGGGCCAUCAAGAGUUUUGUCGACGAGGGUCGUCUCGUACUUGUCACCGAAUUUUGCCCAGGAGGGGACCUCCUCACGCAUGUCAUGCGCAGCGGUGCGUUUUCCGCAGACCGCAGCCGCUUCUAUGCUUGCGAGCUGGUGGUUACCUUGAGCACAUUGUGCCGCUUGGGCAUUGCGCAUCGUGACCUUAAGCCAGAGAAUGUCCUUAUUGAUGCAUGGGGACACAUCGUCGUUACCGACUUCGGCUCUGCUAAGCAAAUCGCGGUUCCUCUGCUCAAUUCAGCGGAAGACCAACUCUCGUAUAUUACUACAACCGAGAACAGCUCCGUCGGAACUCCGGAAUACCAAGCGCCUGAGGUCAUCCUCGGGUGGCCGCACGAUUACGCCGUUGAUGUAUGGGGCUUCGGGCUGCUCCUGUACCUGAUGAUCUACGGCAAGCACCCAUUCAUGCUGUCGCAAACACACGAAGCUGUCGACGUGCUCAGAGAGCGCAUAAUCAGCUAUCCGGUGCCAUUCCCUCGGGUGGAGCAUGAGGAUGAGGUAGCCAAGGACCUGAUACUCAAUUGUUUGGAGCGUAAUACAGGCAUGCGUAUCCAUUUAGAGGGGAUCCGGGAACACGAGUACUUUGAUAGGAUUGACUGGGAUAGAGUCGAGGCUAAAGCCUACGAAGUUCCUUGGUCCCUUGAUCUUGAUGAGCGCAAGGAUGCAUUGGAUCUUCGAUAUUUCGAGAAAGAGUUCUGUGACAUGGACGUUCAUACGGAGUUGGAACGAUUGCAACAAGCGGCGACAACAGCGGACCCGGAGGAUGCAUUUGAUGCGCAGACGAUGACGUGGACAUCGGACACUGAUCAACUCAGUGAAGACGGAGGCGUCGUCGUGCCAACAAACCACUUUCUGCAGUCCCCAUCUCUCUCGGCAUUUGGGACGUCAAUGCGCGAAAGUACGCCGCUGUCGGACGUCGGCCAUACAUCCGGAGAGUUGGAUGUCGCGUCGUUUGAGCCUCUCAAUUCGGGGAAGUGGCUAGAGCGCGGCCUCGGUGUAACAAGCCCCGGCUACACUUUGGAUGUCCCGGAGUCGAGGGUGCAAUCGAUGCCCAGUCCAGUCGACGGGUUCGAAGAUUUCCUGCGUCUUGAUCGUAAUUCCUUGUUCUUGUCUCCGGCGCCUUCACUGGGCCUCAGUAUUCUGGGCGACACUCCGACGAAGCCUGGUCCUGUUCCGACAAGUUCCAAGGGGUCCCGAGAGGGUGCUGCAUUGAGCAUUCGUGACCUGUACCGCUCCCCAUCGCUCAUUGGAGGCGAAGACGAUCGCGAUGAUACACGCGGACCACUAGAUACGUUUCGCUCGAUCGCAGGCUUGCCUACCCACUUUUCGGCCUCGCGAUCCUCGGCUAUUGGGGUGGACGACCAUGCUUUACCCGCAGCAGCCACCCUUUCACUCCCUGGUAUCGAGCGAAUCGGUCGAGGCAUCGGCUUUACCCCUAAGAAGGUGGCUGUGGGCGGCGCAAAGCACACUCCGUCCUCUAAACUGGGCCGGCUGGUGCAGACGCCGAAGAAGCUGUUGAACCGGUUGCGCGGCAGCACGCCUUAUCCUCACAGCGGGUCCAGCAAGAUCAGGGGCACCCAUAACCAGAACGGACGGAGGUCGUUGCCUCUGGAAGACCCUUCAGGCGAUUCGGAGACUUCGGGAGACGACAUGUUGGCCUGGGGCGUGCUCGGUGGCGGGCGAGCGUUCGCCGGCGUGGACGAGACUCCCGCGCGCCCGGCGAGGGGCCACGCGCGCUUUCCAAGGCUUUCGCUGCCUUUCAAGACGCCUCGUCGAUCCGUGAAUGGAGCCUUGGAUGGGACGGACGACCCACAGAGCUCCGUGCGCUUGGUGUCUGUGCCACGUUUCCGAUCGCCGAUGUAAUAUCGAGCUCGUGAUGUUAGGAUGUUUUCAGAUGUUGUACUUUGAUUUCGUCGGGUUUUCGGGUGAUUCGAUGUCUUGAAGGGUAUUUUGUGUGUAGGGCCAUAUCUUCACGGUUUGUCUAUGUCGUUCUAUGAAACGUUAGUGAA